AAAAACAUGGCAGUCCCAUUUUGGAAUUUACAAACAUUUUUAGUUGAUAAAUUAUCUUUUUUUUUAAUGUUUUCAAUUUUUUUCUAUUGUCCUCUUUCCUUUUCACUUUUUUUCCUUUCUAUUGUUGGCCUGUUCGGUUGUUCACCUUCUACCCAGCGACCAGUCCUCUUCUGCACUCAGCGACUUCUUCUCCCUGGAGAUGUGGGGACGUAUUUGAUUCUCCUCUCAAGUGUGGAUGAAUCUGUCAAGUCAAGAAAAACGUACAUAGCUACAAACCGAACUGGCUGGAAAAGACGAGCAAGCUUCUUCACAGCCGCUUGCCGUCCUCGAUCUCCCCCACCCUCCCUGUUCCCGUAUCCCUUCUGGAACGAGAAUCUUCUUCGCCCUUUUCAUCAACCCUCGGAGGAAUCUUCACAGAUCUACCGGAGGAUAGUUUCCAUUUAAAUCUUCUUCCAUAUAACUCAUUGACGUUUUUAACUUCGUGGCAACUCCCUCAAGGUCCAAACCAAAUGAAUCUUUGUAGAAAAUCGUAGGGAUUCAGGGGUGAGAAUUCCGGCACCGAACCAAUUUGUUUAAAAUGGAACAGGUUUGAUUGG